AUGUGAGAGCGGCCGCAGCAGCCGCAGCGUGUUUUUGCUGGAUGCAGUCAGACGGUCUGUCUGUGUUAAAUUUCAGCUGGGGUGCAACGAACUAGAGUUUAACAGCUGGAAAAGAGGCAAAGUCAGAUUAAGAAAAAAUAUAUAUCGGAUUGUUGUUUUUUUUUUCCUGGGAUUUUUUUGUUCUUAGAAAUUAGAAGCGAAGAGAAAAAUCCCAAGCGAUCAUUUCGAACUUGAUGUGAAAGUCAAAAAGUCCCGCUUUUGUACAGACCAGUGGAAUAUGAUUUGAACCAAGGGAACAGACACCACUGUUGUUCGCUAACAGGAUGAAUCUCAAUUUGCUUCAUGCCGUCAUGCUGCUGUGGGCCCUGUGCCCCAGUACGCGGGGCCAGUGUGAUAAAUCAUCUGAGACCAACAAACUCAACCUCUCGGUCACCUACGAGCUCCCAACGUUUACUGCAGACUUCCCCAUCCAGAACAUGGUGACGCUGGAUGGGAUCAUCUACGUUGGAGCUGUGAACCGGAUCUAUGCCCUGGCCCCAAACCUCACAAAGCUCUCAGAGUACCACACUGGGCCACUGCUUGCCAACGAGACGUGCGGCCAGAAACCGACGAACACAGGGCGCAACGGCAGGGUGGACAACCACAACAUUGCCUUGGUGGUGGAAAACAUUUACGACAAGGGGUUGUACAGCUGCGGCUCAGCAGACAAUGGUGUUUGCCGCCGUCACGUCCUGGAUGAUGACAUUAGCCCGAAAACAGUUGAUGAACAGGUCUACUGCUUCGCUGACAAGGUGAGGCAAGGCAAGGGACAACCCAGCGACUCGGAUGUUGUGGUCAGCCCUUCAGGCUCUCAGGUGCUCAAUGUGGAGAGCAACAUCAUCAAGUUUUUUGUUGGGAACUCUGAGAUCCCCAGUUUAGAAAACACAUCAGGCAACGUGAGACAUCCCCACACCAUAUCUCUGCGGAAGAUGAAGACGAGCCAAAAUGGCUUCACUUUCUUCUCCAACCAUUCAUACAUGGACCUGAUUCCAUCUCUCCGUGGAAACUACUACCUGCGCUACGUUUACUCCUUCCACAGUGGACCUUUCACCUAUUUCCUCACCGUGCAGCGGGUGAGCAGGGACUCUCAAGCUUACCACACCCGCAUUGUUCGCAUGUGCUCCUCAGACUCGGUAAUCCGCCGCUAUGUGGAGAUGCCCCUCGAAUGCAUCAGCACCGAUAAGAGGCGGCGGCGUUCGAUGGAAGAUGUGAAGGUAUUCAACAUCCUGCAGGCGGCCCACGUCACCAAGGUGGGCAGCGAUGUUGAACUGCAAAAGCAGCUGAAGGUGGAAGAGGGCGACGACGUACUGUUUGCUGCCUUCGCACGGGGAAAGCCGAAUUCUCCAGAGCCGACUCCUAACUCCGCCGUGUGCAUCAUGUCACUGAAACACAUCAACCACAUGUUCAAGAUUUACAUGCAGAGGUGCAGCACAGUAGACCCGUAUCACUUCACUGGAUCAGACAAGAAGUCCUGCUACAACGUGAGUUCAUCCGACGACUGCGACCCGCACGAGGGAAUCCACGAAGGCAAAGAGGGCAAGUACCGCCUGCAGGUGACCCAGUUUGUCCAAAGGUUGGAGUACUGGCACAAAGAUUUGACGAACACCUUGGUGACCUCUAUCACCGUGGUGCCAGUCCAUGGCCGUGCAGUGGCGUACCUGGGCACUGCCGAUGGACGCCACAUACAGGUGCUGUUCUCCCGAUUUGCAUCUCCUCAUGCCGACAUCCGCCUGGACUCAAGACCCGUGUCCUCCAGUGUGGCCCUGCUGGACUCCGACCACUCAAAAGGAGCCCUGCUGAUGGCCACAGGAAACAAGAUCACAAAGAUUCCUCUGAUUGGCCCAGGCUGUGGUCAGCUGACCACCUGUACUUCCUGUCUGCUGUCAUCUAGGGUGACUGAUUGUGGCUGGUGCGAUGGACGCUGCACCAGAGCCGACCAGUGUCCCUCCUCCAUCUGGACACAGCAAUACUGUGCACCUGUCAUUACUAAGGUUUUUCCAAGCUCUGGACCGAUACGAGGCUCUACAACGGUGACAAUUUGUGGGCACAACUUUGGCUUCAACAAGACGGAGAGCUUCAAGGGCUCACUGGUGACUGUGGAGGUGGCGGGAGCUCCCUGCAAACUGCCCAGACAAGACAACGUAAACAGGUGGACUGAGAUCCAGUGUUCCCCAGUGUUCAGUGGGAACUUCACCCCAUCAGGACGCACAGUGAAGGUCACCAGUGGCAACAAGGCAGCCAAGAUGGAGGCCUUCACCUUUGUGGAACCGGUGAUCCACGAAAUCUUCCCAACGUUUGGGCCGAAGUCUGGAAACACCAUGCUGACCAUCAGUGGAGCCUUCCUGGAUACUGGAAACAAGCAAGAGGUGACUGUUGGGAAAGCAGCCUGUAAAAUCCAGAGCUUGUCGUCUACCAUGCUGACCUGCAAAACGCCGCCUCAUGCCGUUCCCUCCGAGCAACCCGUGAAGCUGACGGUGGAUUCAGUGGAGCUCCACGCCCCCGUGCUGUUCACCUACAACCAAGACCCCAUCAUCAACAGCAUCCAGCCGUCGCGCUCCUUUGUCAGCGGAGGCUGCACGGUGUCGGCUCACGGCUUCUUCCUCCAGUCCGGCCUCCAACCCCAGAUGGUCCUCACCACCGGUCAGGAUAAUGAGGUCUUCCAUGUGAGCUGUGUGUACGGUGAAAACAGGACGUCCAUCCAGUGCACCACUCCGUCUCUGGCUAAACUGGCCCUGCAGCCGCCAGUGGUCACCAAGGUGGCGUUUGUCCUGGAUGGCUACUCCACAGAUCAGUGGGACCUGAUCUACGUGGAAGACCCCCUUUUCCAGGACCCCAAGCUCACCUCCAAGGAUAACAAGAGCAUUGUAGAGCUCAAGGGUGACCGGAUGGACAGGGAGGCGAUGAAGUGUCAGGUUCUGACUGUUUCCAAUCACAGCUGUGAGAGUCUGACUCUGGUUGGAAACACUCUGGAGUGUACCGUUCCCACUGAGCUGCAGGCCACCCCCGCCAAGGAGCUGCAGGUGGAGUGGCGGCAGGCAGACUCCAUCAGGCAUCUGGGCAAGGUGACGCUGGCCCAGGAGCAGGACUACACGGGCCUCAUCGUGGGCUGCGUGUGUGUCAGCUUGCUGCUGCUGCUGCUGGGAACGCUGCUGAUGUGGAGGAGGAACAAACACAUCGAUGAUCUGUCUGAGGUGUGGUAUGAUGGCCGGGGUCACAUCCAGCAUCUGGACAGGCUGGCUAACGCGAGGAGCGUCAGCCCCACUAAUGAAAUGGUCUCCCACGAGUCAGUCGACUAUAGAACAACCCUGCUGGAGGAUCAGGGCACCGACAGGCCGGAGACAUGCCGCGGGGCUCCUCCCAUCUAUGGAGGCAACGGGGAGCUGCUGUCUCCGAGACUGGGAGCACUGGGUGGAGGAAUGGGGAUGGGUCUUGGGAUGGAGGGCGAGCUGGUGUCACCCCUGCUGAUGGCCCCAGUCCACAUAGAUCCCUCCUGUCUCCACCCAGACCUGCUGACUGAGGUGCAGCACGUGGUGAUCGCCAGGGAGCAGCUGCUGCUUCACCUCAAUCAAGUCAUUGGCAGAGGUCACUUUGGUUGUGUUUUCCAUGGAACUCUGCUCGAGCCAGACGGGCAGAAGCAGCACUGUGCCGUCAAGUCCCUGAACCGCAUCACAGAUCUCGAAGAGGUGUCCCAGUUCCUGAAGGAGGGGAUAAUCAUGAAGGACUUCAGCCACCCCAAUGUUCUGUCUCUGCUGGGUAUCUGCCUGCCACCUGAGGGUUCGCCGCUGGUGGUUCUGCCCUACAUGAAGCACGGCGACCUGCGCAAUUUCAUCCGCGAUGAGGCUCAUAACCCGACAGUGAAAGACCUGAUGGGCUUCGGGCUGCAGGUGGCCAGAGGGAUGGAGUAUCUGGCCAGCAAGAAGUUUGUCCACCGAGACCUGGCGGCCAGGAACUGCAUGUUGGAUGAGAGCUACACAGUGAAGGUGGCGGACUUUGGCUUGGCCAGAGACGUUUAUGAUAAAGAAUAUUACAGCGUCCACAACAAGAGCGGAGUCAAGCUGCCUGUCAAAUGGAUGGCCCUGGAGAGUCUGCAGACACACAAGUUCACCACCAAGUCAGACGUGUGGUCGUUUGGCGUGUUGCUAUGGGAACUGAUGACCCGUGGAGCCCCGCCGUACUCUGACGUGAACUCGUUCGACAUCACCGUGUUCCUCCUGCAGGGGAGGAGGCUGCUGCAGCCUGAGUUCUGCCCUGAUGCCCUCUACACAGUGAUGAUCGAGUGCUGGCAUCCAAAGCCGGAGCGCCGGCCUUCUUUCUCCGAGCUGGUGUCGCGCAUCUCCGCCAUCUUCUCCAGCUUCAGCGGGGAGCACUACGUCCUGCUCAACACCACCUAUGUCAACAUCGACAAGAUGAGCCCUUACCCCUCCCUCCUCGCCUCCUCCUCUAACCCUUCCUCCUCCUCGUCUUCCUCAUCCGACCCCUCCACCUCCACGUCCCUGCCAUCCCAGUCCCCCUUCUUUUGCCACGUGGAGCGAGACUGCUGCACCUGAAAGAGGAAACCGGAGUGGAGAACGGCAGGUGGAAAAAGACUCAGAAAAGGAGUAAAGGAGCGAGGAAGAAAGCAGUGAGGUGAUGAAGAACUACUGUAUGCACUUGCCAAACACUGGACACUGUAUGCUGAGGGAAAACACAGAGCUUUGACUGUUCACUCAAUGUACAUAGAUCCUCGACUUUUGACCUUCUCAAGCAUCACCAAACGACAGGAACCAUCGGCUGACCUUAUGGACUCCCUCCAACCUUUCUGACCCUUCAUAGACCCCGGGGAGCGGGAGGUCAGCCUUCUUGUGUCUUCUACAAGACAAUUACAAGGCACAGGAACGCCUCCUCGAAGAUUUCCUGCAGACAAAGCCACUGUCACCGAAGCACAAAACUCGUGGUCAAACACCCAGAAAAAAAUCCCAUUGACUGCUGUACCCACACUGGGAGAGGAUAGAUUUCAUUGUUCUGCUCUCGUCUGGCCGGCAUGUGCUUCGAUACACAGAUGUGGUAAUGUGAAUGUUCGACAAAUGGCCACGUAUUGUGUCAUAUAAAAAAAAAAAUUCACACCUCCACACACUAUAAAAUAGACUAUGUGCCACCCUCGUAUGCCUGAGAGACAAUGAAGCCUGCUAUGAUAGAUUUUGCUGCCUUAGGUGAGUAAACCAAGGCGUGCUGGAGAUCAAUAAAGGCAGGUAACAGGGGAGUGGCAGAAAAAAAAAACUGCUGCCUGUGUGCAGUUCACUGGAUGCUUUAUUUGUAAUAAUUGUUAUAAUUAUCUUUGGGCAGUUAGCUUUUAAUGUGCUUGGCAAAAAAAAAAGAAAAAAGAAAAAAUGUCUUACUGUCUCACCGUGACUCACCUGUGUGGAAUCCCCAGAUGUUUCUGAGUGAAAAGGGUUAGAAGCGCUUUUUAUUUUUAUGUUUUUAAAACCUGAAUCGUCCCGUCAUGUCAAAACACAGCAACUCUGACAGCACGAACACGCUUGAAAGGUUUUCUUGGGUAGAAGCAGGAGAACAUUUUCUUUUAUUUUUUUGUUGGUUGAUGAACUAAGUUGCCUACUGUUUGUCAGAUCCAUGUGUGUUUUGGGGAACGUAUGUUUUGCCGACAGAGAACAUGCUCAGUCUGACACACGUAGAUAAAGGAUAUGAGGGCUUGCAGCCAGAAGGUUUUUUAUCUCAGAUCAUAGAGUUUUAGAUUCUUGGGUGUUUUUGUCCGACCCUUUCAGGCAGCCAUUGACUUCCAUUCAUUUUAAUACAAUAUAAAAGUCAUUUAGCAGAUUCUUGAAACAUUCUUGAGUUUUGUGAUCCACCACAUUUGUCUGUUUAUAUUGUCUGUGUUGUGUUCAAUGCAGUGUAUACUCUAAUAUGAUGUAACAUCGGGUUUUGCCAAUUGAUGAUCAUAUGGAUUAUUGACUACUGAAGAGACAGUCACCAAUUUCUAAUGUUCCUGCUGAGAUUAAGAAGAUUUAUUUUGGGGGAGAAAUGGGACAAAAUGUGAAUAAAGAAUCUGCUUAAAGAUUUUUAUAUCAUACAGAAAUGAAUGGAAACUAACAGCUGCCUGGAACAACAGAAAAAUGCAUCCAGUUUUCUAAAACACAGCCUCCUGACUUAAAGAGCUGUGUGCUGUGACGUCAACAUCAUUUUCGGUAAAUGGCAUAAAAACACGAAAUACUGAUGUGGUCAGUGUCCCUUUUUCUUCACUUUGAGUAGCAGAUUAUGUUUUUUUGUUUGUUUGUUUCUUUUUGUUUUUUUAUCUGAAUGGCUGCUGAUGUAACUGUGCCAUUGACGGACAGGUAUGAAUGUUUGCUAUGACAAGAAAAUUGCUGUACUAUAUUUUUGUAUUGACGAUGAGCCUCUUCUUUAAAAAUCUGGUCCAAUGGGAAGACUGGUGGUGAGUGAAUAGUGCCACGAAGAAUGAACAAAGCCUCUUAAUCAGUCCUUUGUUUUCAAGACAAAUCACUGCCAUUUUGUAAAUAGAGUGAAGGGAUGGUAGGGAUCUGUGCGGGUCUGUCUGCAGCAUGCGGAGCCACACAUCUGACUGAUAAACGUGCGGGUGUAUGCUCUUUUAGCUUCUCAUCAUUACCGCCAGAUCAUUGUGAAAACGGAAAAGAGUUGAACAAACCUCACACCCAAUGAAACACUCAGACUGCUGUCACUUUGAUCAUGUGAUUCUCCACGACUUUGUCUAUGCUUAACACUGUCUGUUCUAUGUGUGCGUGUGUGUGUGUGUGUGUAUGCAUUGAUUUUAUUGUCUAUUAAAAAAAAAUCCUGAAGGUACAUGUUCCUAUGUAAUGUCAAAUGAACUUUGUCAGUGUAAUAA